ACAGUUAUCUUCUUUUCGCUGUUUUUACUGUUUUCAAUGCCUCUACUGAUCUAUUAUAAUUCAAGCAUCAACCUCCUCCUGAAAAAACGAGAGAGAGGCCGGGAGAGAGUAAGAGGCUACGGACGAGGAUCACGGCAGUGGCAGUCGGCACGGAGCUUUGAGAGUUUCAGAGAACAGGGACGGCGACACAGUAGACAGAUCGAUCGGUGUGAUGCAGGAGUAUACAAACAGUCAAUCCCCUUCUUCUUUGCAAACUUUCCAGCCGACUGGAAGCAUGAGCAGAUGUGGAGGUAUUUCAAACGGUUUGGAAGAGUUCUGGGGAUGUACUGCCCUUCCAGACGGGACAAGCAAGGCAGGAGAUUUGGAUUUGUACGCUUUCUUGAUGCAAAGAAUGCAAGGGAACUGGAGAACCAAAUGAAUGAUCUAUGGGUAGGGAAUUUCAAGCUUCAAGUGAAUCAGGCCAGAUUUGAGAGGGAGAAAUAUGAGACAAGGGAUCAGAAGGUACAGAGAACCAAUGGAGGAGAGAAGGAUGGCGUGAAUAGAAGAGUAGAAUGGAGGGGUAUCCAAACUGAGAAGCUGGUGAGCUAUGCAGACAUAGUAAAAAGGGGAACCGGGAAGGUUAGGGCCAUGGGAGGAAACCUCGUCUUGUUGGAAGGUGCAGAUCAGGAUGAAAUGAAAGAGUUGGUGGAGAAUGGAGAAGAUUGGCUUCGACAAUGGUUUGACGAACUUAAGCCAUGGACUCCGACAACGGUGGCUAGCGAGAGAUUUACUUGGAUACGGUGCCAGGGAUUACGCUUCAUGCCUGGAAUUAAACUUAGAGUGAAAAUUAAUGGGGUGGUGUAUAAUGUUAAAUGUACAGAUGAGGAAUCAUCUAAUAACCUGCUACUUAUGAAUUCAGAUUUCAAGUAUACAUUGCCAAGCGAGGAAGAUGAAGAUGAUGAGUCCUGCUCAGUUCAAAGUCUCAAAGAUGCAGAGUUAGUCUCAGAUGGACAUGUAAAUUUCCAGUUGGAAGAGAUUGAGGUUGAAGACGAUGACGGGGCAGGGGCAAAUUACGUGGCAGGGAUGAAUGACAUGGCAAAAAGGAAUGAUGUGAUUGCUGAACCAUUGCUAGAGAAUAGCAUUAAUGGCGGUAAUGAUGCACCUAUUACCUUGAGACACCAAGCUGAAAGGAGUAUUACAGACUUGGGAAAUCAUAAUUGUAAUGGCAAUUACAACUUUUCAAAAGAGGUGGAAGGGAAAGAUCAGAGAGUGUCACCCCACGACAUGAUUGAGGAAAAUUUAAAUUGCAACACACAACAGUCCUCCUCGGGAAUAGAUAGAUUUGGUGGAUUAUUUGGCGUAAACAGAGUGGAAAGCUCAUUAGAGGAAGGUAGAACAGAAGGUGAAGCGAUAAUUGAUGUAGCUAAUGAAUUGGGCUCAGAAAAUGAAGGGGACCAUAGUAAGGAGAAUGGGCUAAAUAUUAUUGAUGGGCCUAGUGGAAAGGGCCGCAAUAAGAAGAUGGAAUUGGAGAAGGAAAAGAAAAUGCAAUUCUUACCAGACCCAUCCAAGAAGGUAGCAGGAGAAUUAAUCUCAAAUGGGAAUAUUCUAAACUAUAACAAUAACGUGUGGCUUCAAAGAUCAAGAAGAGAUGCUAAGGAGCUAUGGAAGCAAGCAAAAUUAAUGGGUGUGACUGGUAGAGAAAACAAAGAAGAAAUAAUUCAAAGGCUGGAAGAUAUGGAGAAUUGAGACAGGUCAAGAAGAAAAAUGAUUUCCAUACAUCGUUACCCAUUAAGUUGAUUUGUGGCCUUUCUUUGCUCUUCAUCUCUAUUGCAGCAAUGAUGGUGGCAUUUUGUGCUACUCUUUACAUGAUGCUACAUGAGGAAAUGGGGAUAGCCAUUUCAAUAAUAUUUCUUGCCGCUAUUCCUGUCACUUUGUUUAUAUUGCUACAAUAUCCUCUUUUUGUUGAGAUUUAUGGCUCAACUUUUCGUCGAUACAUCUUUAAUAGGAGAAGAUACUGGAAAUACGGAAAGAAUGUAUGCUCAGGUUUCAAUAGGAGAUGGUGGUUCAAAAUGAGGAGAGGAUCGCUGUUUGUGAUAUUGUGUGCUCUUGUUUUUCUUUAUUAUAUUUCAUUUAAUGUAUUUAUUAUAAAAUUGUACUGGUGAU